AUGGACACCAACGCGCUUAUUGAUCUCGUGCACGAGGUGCAGGGUCAGCUUCGGGUUGACAAGGUGAACGAGACCCACAGAACGGGCCGUCUCUGCCAGUGGGUGUCGUCUUUGCAUCCCGACAAGCUUCCCUGCCAACUUGACGGUACCUUUCACCAUGGCGCAUUUAAUGCCGGCAUGAAAAUGGUCUUCAGUGACAGCACUGCCUGGAUGGUUCGUUUCCCUCGUAUAGGGAAGGUCUGUGACGACUACACCGACGAGAAGGUUGCCAUGGAGGUGACGGCCCUGAGUCUCAUCCGCAACAGGACUAACAUUCCCGUCCCGAGAGUCCAGGCCGACCUUCUCCUGGACCCCAACGCCGAGCGCCCCAGCAGAGUCAUGAGGGAGGACGUCAGCGAUCGUGAUAUUGAAGUUAUCUACAGACAGUUGGCGAAUUUCCUGCUUCAGCUUUUCAACCUCGAUUCUGACCGGAUUGGCAGCCUGCCGUCGCCACAGAUUGAAGCCAAAAGCCCUACUCCGCCACGGCCACUAACAUUUAAGGCACAUAGCAUCCUACAAAAUGGAGGAGUUGACACUUUCGGUGACCGAGCCAAGGGGUUUGCGACGACCGCCGAGUAUUUUCAAUACGUCGCCGGGCAGGACUGGGAGCAGCUCGUUCACCAGCCGAACUCGACUGUUGGUCCAUAUGAUGCUAAAAACAAAUAUUUGGUGUUCAAGGUCCUAAAAAGCCUGAUACCGGACUUGGUCCACGCGAAGUAUGACCGUUGCAAGUUUAAGCUGAUUUGUGACGACCUCGGCUUGGCGAACCUGAUUGUCCGUGGCAGGGAAGACUUCACUGUCGUUGGAGUAGUGGACCUCGAGUGGUCAUACAUCGGACCCGCCCAGCUGUUCGGCUCAGCACCAUGGUGGCUUCUCCAAGACAGGCCCGUCAACAGCACGUGGGACUACAAGGGCGACAAGCCGCCCCAGAUUGCCGCCCGGUACUUUAAAUGCCUAGCGAUUUUCAUAUGUAUCUUGGAGGAGGAAGAGGCAAAAAUGCCAGGGCACGAAGAGAGAGAGCUCUCCAAUCUCAUGAAGUGGUCGCAAGCCUCCGGGGUCAUGUGGCUGCACAUACUCCUCUCAUCUGGCUUCAACGACCAUCGCAGCUUUCCUUUUACACAGCUGCGCCAACAUGUGGGGGCUACUGAGUGGGCAAGGCGUGAGAAGGAAUUUGAGAACGCAAAAGAACUCGAGGCAUUCGCAUCGCGGAAGGUGAGCGAGUUGGAUAAGUAUGAUGAAGCCUUGGAGAAGAUGGAGGAGAACAAAGCGCUCAAUCGGCACUAG